AUGAAUUGUCUUUAUAAUAAAAGCAGAAUAAAGAUUCUAAACUCUAAUACUAAUACUACAUCAAGCCUAAACUCUAACAUUAAUACUAUGUCGAAUUUAAGCACUAAUGCUAAUACUACGUCGAAUUUAAGCACUAAUGCUAAUACUACAUUGAAUCUAAGCACCAAUGCUGAUAUUCCAAUCUAA